AUCAUAUGACUUUUUUUUUUUAAGUGUAUUUACAGCUUCUGGACACUAGAAAAGACCUGUGGAAUGCUGCAGUGAAGCCUUAGAUUUUUCCUGAAGUCAUAUCAGCUUCUGUUGCAAUCAUCCAUUGUUAUUUUAAGCCAAUGGGAAGGUAAUGAUUAAAAGCAGUAAUGCUGAUAAAAACUGCAUGUUGUAUAACUCGAGUCAAAGGUCAUCAUGUGAGUUGGGAACAGGGAGAGAAAGAAAGAAUUUAGCUCACAUUGUAAACAAAGACAUAGCCCUUGUAGGCCACUUACAGUAGCAUAUUAAUAAAGAAAGAGAAGGGGAAAACCAUGAUGAGGACUGGUGGAUGUAAAAACCUGAUGACAUGCAAGGAGGAACCUUUGGACCCAAAAAAGGCUGGAAGGAUACAGAGCCUAGAAGUGGAUUGCAGUCCCCCAUUAUUGCUGAAUUUUGCUCUUGCACUGCAACAUGUGCUGGUACUGUCCUCCUUGUGUGCCUUGGUUGUGGGUACACUAAUUCAGGAAGAAGGCAAGGAAAGAAUAGUGGCCUUUGUGCUCUUUUACUCAGGCAUAUCUACACUACUGCAGAGCUACAUUGGAUCACGGUUGCCACUGAUCCAGGCUCCAUCCCUGGACUUUCUCAUCCCUGCCAUAGCCCUGCUUACCACACAGUCAGGGACUCCUGAAGCCUGCAGGGGACAGUGUACUGAGCCAGAGGAGACUGUGGCCCCAGCACACCCAAUAAGAGAGUUGAGAGGCAUGACUGUAGUUACAGGUAUGGUACAGUUGGCAGUGGGUUUGACUCAUCUGAGUGGGUUUGCACUAGGACACUGUGGACCAUUAGUCCUGGCCCCACUCCUCUGCAUGCUGGGUUUCUCCAUCUACAGGGAGGCAGCUCUGCUUUGUUCCGAUCACUGGGGCAUGGCUGCACUAGCAGUUGUUCUUACAGUGAUCCUGUCUCAGCACCUACACUCUUUUCUGCGGCUGUCUGUGUUUUCAGUAUGCAGGAGACUCUCUGUACUUCUGUCUGUGAUGGUGACGUGGGGUGUUUGUGCUGCUCUGGUGCAGUGGGGACAUGUCCAUCUUAUAUCUGUGACCCAGAUGCUCUCAACAAAGAGAAUUCUAAAUGCCACCGUCAUUCAUUCAUCUGACAUCACCUUUCCUGAUGACUCUGCACCCUGGCUGGACUUCCCCCUUCCUGCUUCAGCACUCCCCCUGCUGUCUGGAAAAAGCAUUGCAGCAGGAGUGGCUGGAGGCCUGUCUGCUAGUAUUAGCUCUCCAGCUGUGUAUGUGGUAGCAGCUCGGCUCCUGAAGGCUCCAGUGCCCCCAGCACAUGCCUGUAACAGGGGCCUGUGUGUGGAUGGACUAGGAAGUCUGCUCGCUGGCCUAAUGGGGGCGCCAGUAGGACUGUGCAGCAGUGUGCCUAAUGCAUGUGUUAUCGGACUCAGCCAGUCUGGGUCCCGGAGAACAGUGCAGCUUGCUGGGGUGUUCUUGUUAAUUCUGGGUGUGUCUCCACAGCUUGCUCAAAUACUCUUCUCAGUCCCUCUGGCCAUCCAUGGUGCUAUGCUUUGCGUGACCUACGCACUUGCCAUAGGAACAGGCAUAACUUAUUUCCAACAUGCCGAUGUGGACUCAGGACGCAACAUUUUCAAUAUCGGCUUCACUGUGUUCAUGUCAGUAGCACUGCCACGCUGGUUCAGUCUUCACUCAAAUUUUAUCCACACAGGUGCACCCAGUGUUGAUGUUCUUCUCCAGUCUCUUUUAACCUUACCCGUUUUCUUUGUGGGGGUUUUGGCUUUUCUUCUAGAGCACACUGUGUCAGGAACUUUGUCUGAGAGGGGUCUUGUGCGACAUGAAAGCACAAAGAUUCUCUCUCUCGCUGAUCAGCAGCAAGGAUACAGCCACAGCCCAGACGGCAUAUAUGACCCACCUUCCUCUGUGAUAAAAGUCCUGAACCUGCCUGGUUUAAGAACUAUCCCCUUCUGUGCCUGCAGAAUCCCACCUGUUGAAGAGGUGGUAGUAACAGUAGCAGAGAUGUCUAGCUUGUUACCUGACAAGGAUGCUGGUGUUGGCAGCGGCUGAAUUGCAGCUCAAUCCGUCUUGUAUUCAAGUUUUCAAAUUGUAUUUAAAUGGUCAAAUGCUUUUUUUAAAUGGCCAAAAACUG